CGAUCGCAUGAAUUCAAGCGCGCGCCGCCUUGCCUUUGCCCGUCAUCCCUGCAUCUCGCUCAAUCGACUUCUUGUCCAACUCGCCCUCUUGGAUAUCAUGGGCAUAAGCCAGAGCACCUCAAAUGAUGACUUCGGAUCUUCCUCGUCAACAUCCAUCUCGUCGACCCAGGCUACAGACUAUCCUAUCGCUUCGCCCCUCGGAUUUCUAGGCUCAUUACGGAGGGCCUGGGACAGGAUCAACAGAGGCGGACCGGACAGCCAUCUUCAGAUCAUCUGCCUACGGACCUCCCAUACUCCUUCGACCAUCUAUCUCGCCAAGUACGCCUUCCCCAGCGUGUACGACUUUCAUGCACGUCAGGGCCAAGACCAACGAUCGCCCGUAGGCAGGCCCCUCUGCGUGCUCAACUGCACACUUCAGGAGGUAGAAGCGUACCAAGCAGCGGGUCAGUAUAGGUACAACGCUCUCCAUUACGAUAAAAUCUCGCCUACUUUACUUCCCCUCGAAAUUCUACUCCGCAUCGUCAACGUUGCGGAGCACGUCCAGGACCGGAACAUGCUUACCCUGGCGAUGCUGCAAGCCGAUCAGCAACUCCUCCACGUUGUCAUUGGGAACACCCCCUUCGACCCACGCCGUCCUGCACACAUCGACGAGCUCGCCUUGAUCUCUCGCUUCCUUCGAAUGGUCGAACGGCUCGCUGCCUACCACCUAGAGCCUGUGCUGGUCGAACUACUCGCUCGCAUUCUGUUGCUUCACCCCGCCUCUGAUGACACUCUCGCUGCUCGGCAAUGUCGCGCCUACGCUCAGGUCAGAGGAUUCUGCGAACACAUCGAGCUUGCCGUGUCGAAGCGCACAUACGAACUCACUAGCCACGCUGUGCUCCUCCACAACCCGACGUGCGCUCGUCCUGCUGACUGUGCGGCUCGUUGGGCUGCUGUCAUGCAGCAGUUGUCCUCCGGCUCGAUGGGACUGGAGCCGCUCUCGGGCGACAUCCUGGGGAUGAUUCGGUGCUCUGUCUGUCGCCAUAACCUGCUGGAGAAGGAUCGGCUGUGGAAGAGAUGGUACGUUCAUCACCUGCCUAUGUGGGUCGGACUACCGUCGUGGGAGGUUCUGCUGGAAGGUCGGGACAAGUUUUACGAAAGUCACAAGCAGGAGUUCGAGGUCAGGGUUCCGAGAUAUCGUUACGUGGAUUUUCGCGCAGGGGUAUCGGCGCCUAGCACCUAGGCACAAUGUUUCACUCUCCCGCAUACGGUAUCAUUCGUGAAUCCCUCCCAUUACUAUAGUAUACCUGGAUCGUAAGCAUGUAUUUGAGUAGUAUAUCGAACAGAUUGUGUACCGAGAGUACACUAGCCGCA